CGUGUGUGCUUUCCUCGGCAGGGAAUAAAAGUGAUAACAGCAGAGCACAGCCCGAGCUUGAAUCUGGAGAAGACCCUCAUUUUCAAUCAGACAUUAUGGCCGGUUUUCAUCAGGCCUUUGGAUUGUCCAAGGCAGAAGUGAAGGUUGCGACACCUCCAGGCACAGUUACACUGAUUGAGCAUCUCGAGCGGACCGCAUCUCAGCAGGAUCACGAUGAGUUACGAUUGGUGCCACAACCUUCUACAGACCCGGCCGAUCCGCUGAAUUUCGCGGCAUGGCGUAAAGCUGGUAUUCUCUUCAGCAUGUCUCUUUGUCCUUUCGUGGCCAAUUUCACCGCUGGAUCAAUCUCGAGCGCGCUACCGGUCUAUGCCUCGACACCUGCUUUGGGCCUUCCGCCAAAGCCCUUUUCGGAACUUACACAAUUGAUUGCUAUAAAUUUGCUAUUUCUCGGUGUCUCGAACUUGGUGUGGAUGCCUCUUGCCAACAUCUUUGGACGACGUCCGGUCAUGCUUCUUAGCUUUCUACUACUGGUGUUUGCUUCGAUGUGGGCAGGGCUCGCUUCCAGUUUCAGCAGUCUUCUGGCAGCCCGCGCUUUUAUGGGAAUUGGUGCCGGGUCUGCCGACGCUGUCUCCCCAGCUGUUGUAGGAGAGACUUUCUUUGUCCACCAACGUGGACGUGUGAUGGCCAUAUACACUGUGUGUCUCGGGGCCGGCCCAUUUGUAGGACCCAUCGCUGGAUCUUACAUUGUUGCGAGCAGGGGCGUACAAUGGCUUCACUGGACCAACGUUAUCUUGGCUGCCUGUACAUUAUUCGUGUUCCUGAUUCUUCUACCAGAGACUCUUUACGACCGCCCAGGAGUCUCGAUUCAGAAUUCCAUUGGUAACGAGAAGGUACACGGGAAAGAUACGCAGAACGUUCAAAUCUCGGCCACGGCAGAUCCCUCGACUUAUCCACCAUACACUAUUGCCCGUUCACUAAAACUGGUCACAUACCGUGGCAGUGUAGUCGGACACUUUCUGGCUCCUUAUAAAACUGUCCGUUUACCUGGUGUAUGGUUAGUUUCGCUUUGGUACGCAGGACUGGUAGGAUCAGUUGUCGUCACCUCCACCGUCGCUGCACAGCUCAUAUCGGCACCUCCGUACCUCUGGGGAAAAGACGCUGGUCUAAUCAAUGUAGGAGGACUCAUUGGCACUCUUUUGGGUUGUGUCUAUUGUUAUGCUCUCACAGAUUGGACCACCAAACGGCUUGCGAAGAAGGAUUCCCGCGGCUACUCUGAACCUGAGUCAAGACUGGUUACUGCGAUGCCAAGCUUCGUCAUCUCAACUGCUGGUACACUUUUGUUUGGGUUCGUUGCGGCAAACCCUACCCCCAAAGGGUGGAUUGGAUUAGAGUUCGGAUUAGGCAUGAUCGGUUUUGGAUUGAUGCAAGCUCCUUCAGUCGGUUUCAACUACAUCAUCGAAUCGUACCCACGGCUUGCGGGAGACUGUUUCGUGUUGAUCACGAGCUCGCGAGCCAUUAUUUCAUUUGCCUGGACGUUCUUCGUUGGUGAAUGGAUUCAGCAUGCCGGUCCCGCGUUACCCUUUGGGAUCUUCGGUAUGCUACUUGGAAUCUUUGGGCUGCUUACAAUCCCAUUCCUAGUUUGGGGAAAGAGAUUUAGGAUAGCUACUGCGAGUUGGACUUAG